GGGAGGGGACGGUAUUUGAGAAGUAGCCCACGGCUAUUGUGGGAUAGUAUCGGUCUGGCACGAGGAGCUAUGAUCCAUCUAAAUUCCGAGCAUGGCAUUGGAAAGAUAAUAGCCUGUGAGAGCAAAUGCGGUGGAGGAGAAACGGUGAGACCGGCCGGAGGAAGCUGGAUGUCCGUGACCGUUUUUACCUCUGUCGAGACGUACGCUAACCACAACAUCAUGAAAUUCAAUCUCAAGUCUAAUUAUAGAGAAGAAAGCCGGAGCUUUGCUGGUUUCUCGAUCACAGAAGAACUGGCGUGGACGAAUGUACAGAAGGCUUCGAUCCAUCAAGAGGAAACUCUUGUCACUGCACAUUGCUGUUCACUGUCAAGCUGGGGGAUUCCGUGGCGUGGCUUGCUAGGUGACUUUUUGGUCGGACGUCGUGGACAGCUCGUCACUCUCAGUACGCCUGUGGACCAACUUCUUCAACGCACAUGAACAUCUAUAGGUUUACAUAUCAUCCAUAUCCCCAUGCUGUCAAUACAGAUGUGAUGUGAAGAUUUACUACCUCACGGUCGCAACUUGUUUUCGCGGCGAUACUAUGUAUAUCUCGACCCGCAAGAACACGAUCCCCAAUCACAGGAUGUGCCAGUUACAGUAUAUGCUUAGAACGAACCAACGUCGUUCAAUAGGUUAUCGAUUAGCGUUGUAUCUUUUUGCUUUAUUCUUGGCUGCGUUUGGACUCGUUUGCGGGUUCAGGUAUACUAUUCAAGCAAGCAGUAAUACAGGGAUGUGAACGCCACUAGAAAUUCCUGUACAUAGUAUGAUCCGAGUCGGAAAAUAACUAUGCAGAGUGUGUAAUAGAGUGAAGAUGCCGUCGUGCUGGGUAGAAUCCCGAAAGAACCUCAUUAACCAAUCCCCCACAUCACCUCCCUCGUGUUUUCAACCAGACGUCUUGCAUCCAAACUCAGUACGUCUUCCGAUUCAAGAUCAGGCGACAGUCGAUGCACAGCUAUUCGAU